UCUUUUUAUAUUUUGCUAAUUGAGCUUCUCGAGUCUCGAUUUGCAUCAAUUUUACACUUUUAAAUUCUUAUACAUUAUCCUCAAUCUCGAAAGCUAUUACUGCUUUUAUUUAUUUCCGUCAAGAAAAGAAUCGGAUUGCGCGCAAAUGAAAUCAGGUCACGGCUUCCGGAACACCCUAUAUUAGGAGGAGCCCCAAGAAAUCCGUUCUUUUUUAAUUCAUAGAACGCUGCGAGAGACAUUUAUAACGGGCGUCAGCAAAAUUUGCGAGUAUUGGUGGCAUUGUCGGAGAGUCGCCGAUACACGCGCACACAUACAGAUAUGUGUAUACAUGAGGAGAGACAGGCGCAAUACAAACGAGAAUGCCACGAGCGCGCUCCCGUGGACCACAGGGUACCACAGGGGUGAAAUUUAAAGGGAGGGGCUGCUCUCGUGAAAAUGGCCGUUACGCACGGGGUAGAUUGUCCGGGGGUGGGCAAGUGACGGGGGAUGGUGGUGGUGGCUCUUCGUGUCCUCUGACGACCAAUUGACCGAGUGCCUCGCGACGAUCGACACGGUUUUAUAUCCCCGUUUACGAUAACUACAACAGUUAUUAUGCGGCGACGGCCAAAAAGCGAUCCCUGCUCGGCUCUUCUUAAACCCCCACCGGACUCGCGACCUUCCAUCCCUUCCGUCAAGAGGUAAGGUCGUCUCUGUUUUGUGCACCCCCGAGAGAGAUAUCCAUUUUACGAAUUAUGCGAUUAGAAUCUCUCGCCCCAAAGCGUGUAUGAGAUGUGCCUAUUUUUUUUCUUCUUCGUGCUCCGAAAGAGUUAUUCUGACACUUGCGAAAUAUCAAGUGGAAAACGGAGUGACCGUUCCUGGCACAGGUGAAAUAUUUCUCUCGAUUAGGUCUGCUCUUCGGCAAUGUACGUCAAAAAAGUUAAAAAAUAGAAAAGAAAAAAGAGGAAGGGGAGAAUAAACAAGGAAAACCGAGGAAGAUGCUUGGCCCCUAUUCAGGAGUGGUGAUCCUCCUCUUGCUAGGGGCUUCUGUGUCAAUAUCUGGCACUGCGGAUGCUGCGAAAUCUCUGAGAGCGGCGAAGGCCAGGCUCAGAUCGUCUUACGCAUCUUGGCGGAUAGUGGUAUGUUUAACUCAGCCUCAGACCCCUUUCAAGACAGACGUACAGAAAGCAUGGGAGGAAGCGAGACUGGAAUCCUUUCACGCGGACAUGGAUGUGUCGUAUAUAGAAGCAAGGAUGGCACCCAUGACGGAUUCCCUGUCAUAUCCCUUGUCACUAUUAAACAAAUUUUGUACAGACAUCGAAGGCGGAAAGACAGUACUAAGCCUUAUUAUAGGGGGAGGAUCAGCAGCCAGAUUUCUCGUCACGGCUGCUGCCGCCUUGAAUCUUCCAGCUCUGUGGUUGCCGUUCACGCACCGAGAUUUUCUUCGUCAGGGGAAUCUUGGCCGGUUUGAGAACCGUAUAGGUUCGAGCCCAAAAGAGAUCGGAGCAGCGGCUGCGGCCCUGAUGCAUCGAGCUAAUUGGCACGCGUUCACCCUCCUCGUUGAUACUACUCUGUUGCCCGUAACCCAUCUACUACAGACGAAUCAACCGACGAGGUUGACACCUCGCGCGAUCAUACAUCUGCCGACUAACGAUAGAACUUUGAAGUUGAGAUUGAGACGAGUGGCCGAGGAAAGUGGCAGCGGCGGAGUCGUGGUGAUGGCGUGCGAUCUGAAUAAUGCUCGCAAGAUUCUCGGGGCGGCCGGUAAAUUCGAGAUGCUCUCCGGCAGAUUCCUGUGGCUGUGGCUGGACCUUAAGGCGGAGUUACGUCCGAACGAACCCAACGUCAUCAGCUCAAUGAUGCAUGGUACACGCGUCGUCGCCGCAGCCGCAGCCGCAACGAACGAGAACUCACCACUGCUAGAGCGAACGGCAAAUCUCGCGUCGACGAACGACGAGCGGCCGCCGCCGUUAAUGAGUUCAUUGCCGAGUUUAGCCAACGAUAUACACCGGCUGCAAGAGUACAGAUGGCGAGACGAGAAGAUCGUGAUCAAGCGAGAGGACAGAGGCUUCAAUUUCGACGAGGAGGAAAACGGGAAGUUCGCGAGCGACAGGGAACUUAAUUCCAAGAACUUUAUGCCGGUCGGCAUGCUCGCGUUGAGACCGUCUGGCAUCAAGAUCAUGGGCGGCGACACCAUACUCUCGAGAAUGUUGCGAGAAACCUCGCAGGCAUUGGACGAGACCUUUCAAGAGACGAAGCAGCGAUUGAGCCGUAUGCGUGACGUGCAGCUCAGGGAACACUUUGUCCCGGAAUGUUUUCCGGAUCGUAACGCCAAAUUCAUGACGAGUGACGCGAGAGAGAACGUUUCCGCGAUUCUGACGAGCAAAUUGCGAAGAUCCAUGAGACAGAUCUCCAAGGACAAAGCGGAGUUUCAGUUGCUGAACUUGCAGGCCGUCAGAUUUCCCGGGAAUAAGACUCAAUUAAGGUGGACCAAAGUCGGCACCAUCAAGGGUGGUAGGGAGGUCCGUCUGGAUACCAUAAUCUGGCCAGGUGGCGGUAUUGUGCCGGCGUACCUUGAACAGGGCGGCGAGAAGGUCGGGAUGCCAAUUUAUCGCAUCGUCACCGCCCUAGCGUCGCCCUUCACCAUGGUCACAAAUCUACAGGAAGGUUUCUGUCUGCGCGGUCUUACGUGCCAGCAGGGCGACACCGUCAUGUGCUGCUACGGACUGAGCAUGGAUCUAUUGACGGUAGUUGCGCGCGAAUUAGGCUUCCGCUUUGAUCUCUAUUUGGCGGAAGACGGACUGUUUGGCAAACGGAACGGCCGGAGCGGCACGUGGAAUGGUGUGAUGGGCGAGUUGGUGUCCGGCCGGGCUCAGCUGGCGUUCGCACCUUUAAGUGUGUCUGCUCAUCGCGCCGAAGUGGUAGACUUCACCACACCGUACUAUUUCAGCGGCGUGAGCUUCCUUACGGCACCGAAGCUCCGUUCCGAGAUACCGCUGUUCGCGUUCCUGUUUCCGUUUAGUACGGAGCUGUGGAUCGCCGUGUUCACGUCUCUCAAUUUCACCGCGAUCGCCGUGGCGCUCUAUGAGUGGUUCAGCCCAUUCGGCCUGAAUCCCUGGGGCAGACAGCGUAGUAAAAACUUCUCCAUCGCCUCCGCGUUAUGGGUGAUGUGGGGCCUCUUAUGUGGCCAUCUCGUGGCCUUUAAAGCACCGAAAUCCUGGCCUAACAAGUUCCUCAUCAAUAUCUGGGGCGGUUUCUCCGUUAUCUUCGUGGCAUCCUAUACGGCUAACAUUGCCGCCCUUAUCGCCGGUCUGUUUUUUCACUCUGCAGUGAGCAAUUAUCACGAUAAAAGCCUGCUAUCGCAAAGAGUGGCCACGCCAAGAGCGUCCGCGGCCGAAUACUAUGUGCAAAAAGCGAAUCCGCAGUUAUGGUCUCACAUGGCUCGAUUUUCCUUGUCGGACAUCGCCGAGGGGGUAGAAAGAUUGAGGAACGGCACUCUUGACAUCCUGAUAGGGGACACGCCAAUCUUAGAUUACUAUCGCGCGACCGAUGACGGUUGCCGCUUGCAGAAGAUCGGUGACACCAUCAACGAAGACACCUACGCGAUCGCUCUUACAAAGGGACAUCCUUUAAAGGAGAGCAUAUCUAAAGUCAUAGCGAAUUACACGAGCAACGGAUUACUCGACAUUCUGCAGGAGAAAUGGUACGGUGGUCUGCCAUGUCUCGGAGGUCGGCAAGGUAUGGAUGCAGGACUAGAUUCUGAGACUGGUGGUCAACCCAGGCCACUGGGAGUAGCAUCCGUUGCCGGAGUGUUUUGCUUACUUGGGAUGGGCGUGGUGCUCGGUACUAUUAUACUGGCGGGAGAGCAUCUGUUCUACAAGUACACGUUGCCGCGAUUGCGACACAGACCGGAGGAUUCCAUUUGGCGCAGCCGUAACGUCAUGUUCUUUUCGCAAAAGCUGUACAGGUUUAUCAAUUGCGUGGAACUAGUCUCACCACAUCAUGCCGCCCGGGAAUUGGUGCACACAGUACGACAGGGCCAGAUCGCAUCACUCUUUCAAAAAAGCGUCAAACGAAAGGAACAUGAACAACGUCGUAGACGUAAAAGCAAAGCGCAGUUCUUCGAAAUGAUCCAAGAAAUUCGAAGAGUUCAACAGGAAGAGAAAAUCGAAACAGUACCCGAGGAAUCUACGGAGACCACGAAGAAAGACGAGAAAUUGGGGAAGGGUAGAGAAAGGAGUCGUAGCAAGAGUCCCCUGAUGCCUCGUAGUCCGAAACGUUCAGAGAAAAGCAGGAGUUCGACCAAUCUCUCAGCGUCUCGUCUCGGAUUAUCGCCGGUGAGUCUCGACGCGCCGAUGAAACCGCGCGAGUUCACGCUCAGCAGCACAAACCUACGCGCAAGAAGCCCACUGGAGACGGUUGGACGUAGAUUGAGCCACGGCGAUGGCGGUUCGCCGCCGCCGCGUCUGGGCUCGCAUCUCGGCGGUAGUGCCACAUUACGUCCUACAUUGGCGGCUACCAGAAGCGAAUCAACUGGUGGUGGUACUCCGACCAUCAGACGUGAAUCUGCCGUAGGAGGAGGAGGUGUGCCGACCCCAAGAUACUCUCGCAGCCCCGCCAAGCGAGGCCAAUCCUUCCCGGUGUUCGCUACCCUGAGGCCGCCGCACUCGGUCAAGAGUCCGCUGUUGUCGCCCAACAGUGAGCUCACGUCCGCCAUUGGGAGAAAACUAUCACGUGAAUGGGGAUCUGGGACUAUCAGUCUUACUAGAUCGUCGGAGGCUAUAGGUGGUGGUGGUAACAGUAGUGGCGGCGGCGGUGGCGGUGGCGGUGGCAGUGGCAGUGGCAGUGGCAGAAGCGGUGGCUCAACCCACACUCUAAAUCAAGAAAUGACGCUCUCUCUGACUCGUUCCACGGAUGAGGAAAAGGCCCAGGUAGAAACGUUGCCUAUCAAGAAACCUAUACGGCGUGCUAGGAGCCAUGAGAAUCGUGACAGCGGCAAAUUGAUGGUGGAUCUGCCAUCGCCUAGAUUGACUCAGCCGGUGGUGGGCGGCCGAUCGGUGAGCGAGCGAACGAAGAAGCAGCUCGAGUCCGAGCUGAAAGCAAUUUUAAGUGCCAGGGCUCAUCAUCGCGACCUGCAUCCCCCUUGAUAGGAGACCGCCCCUAAUUAAAAAGAGAGUUCUCGAAAGAACGUUCGGCUUUGGAUGAUCGCUAAGCCUCUGAGGGGCUUUGAUUUAAGCAAUAUCAGAUUUAUAGGUCAAUUUGUAGAGGAAAUUCGACACAGUUUCGAAGAAAUUAAGAAAGAACUUAAAUCAGAAUCACAGCGGAAAGCGCAGGAGAAAUUUUCUGCGUAGAAGGGACAGAGAGGAUGAUGGGAGGGCAACGGAGAGGAAAGAAAAUCUCUUUGAUUGUUCAUACGUUGUUACGUACAUUAAUAAUAUAGAAUAAUGUCGAUAAACAAAAGUGCUAUAAACUUUAGUAGUGAUGUCUUAAAUAGUUAGCGAGAUACACACGAGUACUAAGAUAUUUUCUUGUUGGCAUUUUAACUCUACAUUAACCGGCAGCCUGGGUGAGUCUCUCUCUUUCUCGAUUGCUAUGGAUAUCAGAUAUUGUACGCUACAGCGUUUCUCAACUCAACUUUGAUUUUUUGAUGCGAUUCUUAGCGCGUAAAAUUCUAUCCUGAAAAUUAAAUUAAUUCUUAAAGCAUUUACUACUAGAUCAGAGAUCUGUUCAAGUUUAUCGAAGCUUCAUCAUCCGCCUUUGUGUGCUGCCGUAACUCAUAACGAUCGAUUGGCCGCACGAAUACAACGAACAUUUCUGGAUAGCUUUAAUAUCUUUGUUUUCAUUUCCUUCUAUUUUAAUAAAGUGGAGACGUAUUGCUCGUAAACAAAAAUUCAGAUAAGCCUGUAUUAUCUGUUUUGAGAAUGUAAAUAUCUCAAAAAUAGACUAUAUUGUUCCUUCAUCUCGUUAUAACGCGAAUAUUGUAAAUAUAAUGAAAAAUAUAUGUGUAUAUAAGGAUUUUUUUCGCAUAAGACAGAAUGAUAAUGGCAAAAAAUAAUUAUCUCGUGUUGAGAAACGCUGCUUUAACGAACUUCGUCGUCGAAUUGGACUGCAUACUGCCAUAUUUAAUAAUUUUUGUGACUGCGGAAGGAGAGACUCGCUCGAUGGACUCUCGGCGUAGAAUGACCACUAAUCGCGAGAUAAUAUGCAUUAAUCUUACAAUUAUCAUCGCGUCUGUCGAGGGAAAGGAUUACAAAGUGAAUGGAAUUCUAACCCGAGUCUAAUGUAUUUGUAUAAUACACGGGUUAUUCAAUACGGGAGAGGAGGUGUCACCUGAGGAGAUCCUCCCGAUUUAAAAUAAGACAAAAAUUUCACAGCCACACACAUGUGUGUAUGCGUGUGGUUGCGAAUUCUUCGCGUGACUUACGAUUAUUUCCUAAAGCAGUGCCAAAGAUCAAUAUUACGCGAUAUAACUCAAAUCUCUCCAUCCUUUUGCUUUAUCUUACACGAAAAAAUGUAUAAUAAUAGAACACAAGUUUUAGCAAAAUAAGCGUCAGAUACAGAGAAUCGCGGUAUAUUAUACUAAUAAUCUUUAAUAAUCGUUUGUUUUGCUGCGACUUGGUAAACUUCCGACGAUUUUACUAGACUGAUAGAUGAAAAUUUAAUUCAGGAAUUGUAAAUGAAACAUUAUUGGAAUUGAAUAAUUGUUACUGAUCGAUGUGUAUGUCCCAUGUUUUUGUCUAUCGAAUCACUUUGAUGAAAGAGGGCGAAUUCACACGUCUAGUCUCAUUAUUAUUAUAAUUCGACUUAGAGGUAGAGCGUGGAUGUGUAUGGGACUAAAUUUUAAUUAAUUACUUUUAAAAAAAGGAGGAUUUAUGAGCGAGGCCUUAGAGGAGUUAGUCGUAUCCGCCCAAAAAUAUACUUUACUUAACUAGUACUGUACUAAUACUGUACUCGAAUAUUUCACUACAUUAUAUUACAUAAUAGAG